AUCUGUUCUCAGCAUUUUUCAAGCACGUUAGAAUUGCUGUACCCGGCCGCUGAAGUUGCAUUUUAAUAAUAAAUUGAAAUUUUAUAAUACUAAGUCAAAAAUAAAAAUGAAUAAUUUAAUUAGAAAUACAUUUCGUUGGGCUACAAUUGCCACAAAUACCACCCCAAAUGCAUUGAAAAAUGUAUUUGGCAAACGGGACUUUACGCGGACCUUGUGGCACAUGUCCAAGACUCCAGAGAAUUCAGGAUAUAACACAGUACUUGACUUACAUAAGCCGAGCAUAAACUGUAGCUGCGGUUGUGGGGGAAAAAAACAUGUGCACACGAAAGGUGAACGUGAAUUGGUAGAAUUCUUAACAGAAGAAAUUAUUGCUGAACGCAAAUCUCAAAAAUUCAAGAACGUGCCCACCUGUGUGGAUGGCUUCAAUGUUAAAUUGGAUGGUGCAGAAGUUGAAUUAAGCAAAGUUGGAGAUAAGGAAAAAAUUGUGGUUAAUUUUAAUGUAAACCAUACAGUUGAUUCUGAGGAGGAACCAGAAAUUAAUCCUAAUGAUGAUAAACCAAAUAUUGGUGAAAUGCGUAGUAAACCACAAUUUGAAGUUGACAUUGUGAGAGGCAACACGACACUAUCUUUCACUUGCUCUUUUCUUCAGGGCACUGCACAGGAGGGCGAAUACAAUGAUGUAUUCGGAAUUGAUGAAAUGGUCUUAUAUGAAAAUGAAUGGAAUGACAAAGUUUAUGCUGUCGCUGGCGAUGUUUUGGAUGGUUAUUUGUAUGAUUUGCUGAUGAACUUAUUGGAGGAGAAAGGAGUCACAAAUGAAUUUGCUGAAAAAUUAAGUGACCUAGCCACUGCCUAUGAACAUGCAUCUUAUAUUAAACUUUUGGAAAAUUUGUCAAAGUUUUCAUCUGGAAAACCAAUGUAAAUUAUUUUUAGUUUAAAAGGGAUUUUUGUUCUAAAAAUAUUUGUGUUUUAACUGAACAGAAAAUAUUUCAUAUAUAUUUUUUUCCUUAAAUUGUAAUUACCGCUGUAUUUUUAAGAGUAUAUUUUACUAAAAUAGUUUAAAUUAAAUUGACGAAUGAACAUUGAUUGUUUCAUAUAUGAAUUUUGUCUUAUAUUCCUUUGCUUAGAGACAUAUGAAUAUAUGAAUUUCGUCAAUUUAAUACUUUUAAAAUUUUGAUCUGUAAUUUAAGCUCAUAAUUGUUAUUUCCAUUAAGUAUUUCGAUUAGUUUUUACAAGCCUUAACAAUAAUUUUAUUUACAAAUAUUUUUAUUUAACAGCAUUUGUAAUUAAAUUAUAUAAAAUGUUUAAAUCUAUUGUUAUAAUUAGAUACAUUUUGAAACACAUAUAUCUCUAUAUAUACUGAACAUAAAAAAUGUUAUAUAUAAUAAAGUAACGUAAUUCAAUUUU